AUGUGUAUCUAUAUCUACAGGUCUGUAUUUGACAGUGAUCCACCACAAUGCCAAUCAAGUUUUUCUUCGCCUUGGGCGCCUGCUCCCUCUACCCCCAACAUUCUCCUGCACGAAGUUGGUGCCGACUUCGAGCCCAUCCAGGUCGUCAACAAAGGCAUUCAAGUCAAUUUAUCCGAGGACGUCCACCGCAUCAACCCUAAGAUGCGCGUGCCUGUCAUCGCCGUCGAUGAUCAGGUUGUCACGGAGCUACCGGCCGUGGCCACUGUCAUCGAGACGGCUCGCGUCUACGAAUGGAUGAACUAUCUCUCGGGGACCCUGCAUAAAAGCGGGUUUGGCCAUUUCUUCCGGCCUGACCGCUGGACCGCCGCAAUGGAUGCUGCCAGCCUGGAGGCUGUCAAAACCAAUGCCUGGAAGAAUGUCCUCGACUGUUUCUACUAUAUCAAGCGGAAGCUGCAAGGGGUGCAUGGCGUGAGAGAACAGCUUACUGCCGUCGAUCCAUUUCUUUACGUGUUCUACCGAUGGGGGGAAAUGAGUGGCGAGGAUAUGUCGGCCUACCCUAAGUAUACGGCGUUGGUGAGGAAUCUGGAGGCGAGGGAGACGGUGUAG